AUGUUUUCUAGAAGCGCUAGGCAAUUGGGUAGUGGGAGCAUAUUGAGGAGUCCACUUCGUUCUGCGUUCCGUCGGGCUGCUUCUACCACCCCAACUACUCCAGUCCCACCACCACCCCCUCCAAUUCCAGCUACUACUCCAGUGGUUAAGAAGAAGAGAAUCGGCUUUUUCCGUUUGACUUGGAGACUGACCUGGCUAUCGUUGUUGGGUAGUGCUGCGUACUUGACUUACGAGGUUUACAAGGAAGUCAAUCCUUCUCCACAGAUCCCACAAAGUCCUCUGAAGCCAAAUGGAAACCGUCGGAAAACCGUCGUCAUCUUGGGUUCCGGUUGGGGUGCAAUUUCCACUUUGAAACAUUUGGAUACUUCCCUGUACAACGUGGUCGUCGUCUCUCCAAGAAACUACUUUUUGUUCACCCCAUUGCUUCCUUCCGUUCCGACCGGAACUAUCGACUUGAAAUCGAUUAUAGACCCUGUGAGAACUAUCGCCAAGUCAACCCCAGGUGAGGUGACAUAUUUGGAAGCUGAGGCUACUGAUAUCGAUAUUGCUAAGAAACAACUGACUAUCCAACAUUCGUCUUACUCUGCCACUUCUGGUGUUCACCACGUCACUAUUGGCGGAGAUGAAGCCAAGCCUAUUGUCGCAACUAUUGAAUAUGACUAUCUGGUCUUCGCCAUUGGUGCACAAACUGCAACCUUCGGAAUUCCAGGAAUUGAGAAGUAUGCCUACUACCUGAAGGAAACUGAUGAUGCUGCCAGAAUCCGUCGUUCUCUGUUUGAAACCAUUGAAGCCUCUCAAUUGCUUCCAAAGGACUCCGAAGAGAGAAAACGUUUGUUGUCUGUCGUCGUCUGUGGUGGAGGCCCAACUGGCGUUGAGUUGGCUGCCGAGAUCAAGGACUACAUUGAUGAAGACCUUUCCAGAUUUGUGCCAGGAAUUGAGAACGAAAUGUCCGUUACUCUAGUCGAAGCCCUUCCAAAUGUUCUGAACGCUUUUAACCACAAGUUAAUUGAGUACACUGAGUCUAUUUUUGAGAAGCAGCAAUUGGACCUUAGAGUUAACACCAUGGUCAAAAAGGUUGAUGACAAGAACGUUUACGCUACAGUCAAGAAAUCUGGUGGUGACACUGAAAAUGUUACAAUUCCAUAUGGAACUUUAGUUUGGGCCACCGGUAAUGGUCCUCGUCCUUUGACGAAAGCUGUUGCUGCCCAAAUUGAAGAGCAGAAAACUGCAAGAAGAGGCCUGCUUAUCGGCGAACAUUUGUUAGUCGAUGGCACUGACUCCGUGUUUGCCCUUGGAGAUUGUACCUUCACGAAGAACCCACCUACCGCCCAAGUUGCUCACCAAGAGGGUAUUUAUUUAGCAUCUCAUUUGGCCAAACUCUCCAAGAUUGACGACCUCAAGUAUGAAAUUGGUCAGAACACCGAUCCUGAGCAAUUAGUCCGCUUGCAGCGCCGUUUGGACAGAACCCAAGCUUCGAUUCUGCCUUUCAAGUACACUCACCAAGGUGCUCUCGCAUACAUUGGUUCCGAACGUGCUGUUGCCGAUUUAGUUUGGGGUGACUGGUCCAACGUUUCCACUGGAGGAUCGCUUACGUUCCUGUUCUGGAGAUCCGCCUAUGUAUCCAUGAUGUUGGGAGUUCGUACCAAGAUUUUGGUCGUCUCUGAUUGGAUCAAGGUCAAAGUCUUUGGAAGAGAUUGUUCCAAGGAAUAA